AUGAAACGCGUUAUUAACUCGUCAAAAGUGCCGUCGAUUAGCGCCCCGUUGAGCCAAGCAAUUCAAGCCGGUGAUUUCAUUUUCGUUUCUGGACAAGUUGGACGCGAGUCAAAUGGGGAUCUCGGAAAAACUGUUGAGAGACAAGUGGAACUCGCUUUGAGGCACAUCGAGUCAAUUCUACACGAAGUUGGAGCUACGAUGGAAAAUGUUGUCAAAGUAAGCGUAUGGUUGGCCGACAUCAAAUCUGCUCCCUCGAUGAAUCUUAUUUACAAAAAGUUCUUCUCCAACAACCCGCCUGCUAGAGCCGCAUAUCAGGUGGCCAAAUUACCAAUGGAUGCUUGUGUGGAAAUAGAAGCGAUUGCACAUUUGCCAAAGAAAUCAAAACUA